CGAAUGAUAAUAUGAUAUUACCCAGUACUAGUGUGCGAUAAUAUCAAUGUGAGUUGCCUCCAAAACCAGCCAUCCAUAAGCCACCAAAAGUUGCUGUAAUCAAGUCCCACCAUUUGUUUCUAUUAUCCAUCUUUAAUUUGUCCACUUAUAUUUCUCUUUCAGCUUUUAUAGCCGACACUUUAUUAACCCUCCAUAACACCCGAUUCUUUGAUUGCCAACUCUCAUUUCACCACAUUUCAAUAAAACUCCAAAUAUUCUGUGAUUUCGAUUCAAAAAGAAUUCUGGGUUUCGUGUUCUUGGUGUUUAUGGAGACUAUGGAUGGAUCAUCUCUGUUAAAUGAUCUUCAUCCACCUUCAAAUCAUGAUGAAAUCUUCAUGCAACGCAGCUUGGUCUUUGCUGAUAGUCUCAAGGAUUUGAGGAAUAUAAGAAUGCAGUUGUACUCAGCUGCAGAGUUUUUUGAAGAUUCGUAUCACAAAAGUGAUCAUGAUGAAUUAUUGUUAGAAAGCUUAAAAGAUUAUGUGUCAAAAGCUCUGGUUAGCACCAUUGACCAUUUGGGCUCUGUGUCGUCUAAAGUCAACAGUUUCAUGGAUGAAAAUCUCAAUGAAGCUUUUGAAACAAAUCUUCAAAUAUUAUGCAUCGAACAGAGAUUACGAACAUGUCAAACUUAUAGUGACCACCAAGGUCUUUUGCAACAAUCCUUGAUGAUACAAAUACCCAAAUACCAUAAGCAGUAUAAGCUCCCAGAUGGACGCUUUUGUGAAGCAGCUGAAGCAGAAAAAGCAAAAGUAGAAUUAUCAAGUUUGAGGAGGAGGGAUACGGAACUAGCUUCUAUUGAUUUCCGAUCAGGUCCGAUUGCAUUUUCAUUCGCAAAAGCUGCAUUAAAUAAGGGAUUAGAAAAACGAGCACGAUCCAUGUCACCGAGUCGAUUCAGAAUCAAGCGCACAGGUUCUACUACUAAUCGAUCCGCCAGUCCGAGCUUUCCGAUCAUGCGUUACGGAUCCGUUGUUCAUCAAUCCAUCAGUCCAAACACACAGCAAAGUCCGGUGGAGGCGUGGAGGUCUCAAUCGUUGUAUCCUGAAAGAGAAAGAAGAAAAGAUAUGGAAGUUUACUCCAGGAAAACUAGAAACCUUUUUAAAGCGUUGCUUAGCAUGCAUAAGCACAAGAACGAGUAUAAAUAGCAUUACACAUAUGUCUUUUCUUCACAAGUUUAGAACCAAAAAUAUAGCAUUGGCCAUAUUGCCGAUGCAUCUUGGAUUAGGGUUCCGAUAAAGAAACAACAUGAAGGAAAAAUGGAAUUUGCGGAAAUGAGGAUGAGAUGGACAUACCAUUUAGGCAUUUACAGAUAAAUGCAGGGAACAAAUAUUAUAAUGGUUUAGUUAUGUUCAAAUAAGGCAGCCACGGAGACAAUAAGGAGCAAGGAGGAAGUGAGAAAAGAGUUUGAGGUUGGACAUGGAGUUUAAACUUUUUGAGAACUUUUACCAUCUUUAUAUAGAUUUAGAUACCAAUAUACUUAUGUGCGUCUUUAAUUAUGAAUUUGUAU